AAGGUGCGUGAUCAAGCAGCAUUCACGGAGCAGCAUCAUUCUGUGGAGUAUUACCAGGUUAAAAAGUGUUCAGAAACCACAAAUCACACUCUACCUUUCUGGAAAAUCAUCAACAAACAUAGAAGAACAACAUAACAACAGCAUGUCCGCCUCAUUGCUCUACCUUCUGGUGCCGGUCGGAGUAGGCGCCAGUCUGUACAUCAUCCGAAAACUGCGCGAGUGGAAAUGGGGCUGGGUGCGCAACAAUGCACCCCUUCGCGGUAAGGUUUUCAUCAUAACCGGCGCGAACACAGGCUUGGGUUUCGAAACGGCCCAAGCACUUGCGGCCCGCCAGGCCACGGUCAUUAUGGGUUGCCGCAGCAUGGACCGGGCCGGAGAAGCAAUCCGGCGCAUCCGGCAGCACACGCAGGAGGGUGAGCUGGUACCGCUCGAGCUCGAUUUGGCUUCGUUCGCGUCGGUGCGUCAGUUCAGUGAAGCGAUCAAGAGUCGCUUCCCGUCCUUCGAUUGCCUCAUCAACAACGCCGGCCUCGCGAUCCAGACGCCCCAGUACACGCAGGAAAACUACGAGGUGCACUUCGGAGUGAACCAUCUCGGGCACUUUCUGCUGGUGGAUCUGCUGAAGGACAACAUCCGUGCAAACGCCGCCCGGAUUGUUGUCGUUUCGUCAAAGAUGCACGAGAAGGCUCGGAUCGACUUCGACAAUCUGGGCAAAUGGGUCGAGCGUGGGCCACGCGAUCGCUUUAACAACCUGUACAACAACUCCAAGCUGAUGAACUUCUACUACGCCCGCGAGCUAUACAAACAGGGCUACAAUGUGCACGUGCUGUGUCCGGGCCUGUGCCACACGGACUUUUUCCGCGAUUACAAUCCCAAGUGGUACCAUUACGUCCUGUUUUCACCAGUAGUGCUGUUGUUCUUACGCUCCGCCCGACAGGGUGCACAAAACAUCAUUCACUGCGCCACGGAUAAUGUGAACACGGAGGAAAAGAAUCCCGUCACUGGCUACUUUGUUACAAACCUGGAGCAAACAAAAUCCAAGAUGAAGUUCGACGAAGAAACGUCCGAACGACUGUGGAGGGAAAGCGUCAAGGCGCUGAACGUUUAAUGGAGCAAUGAUUAAAUUGCGUAUCCUGGCAUCGUCCUAGUUUGUUUGGUUGUGGGAAUCUUGCAUUUUACACCUAGAGACUGUCCCCUUUUUUAGAAUACUCUUAUGCUAUAAUAUACUCACACAGCAGUUCCACUAUGAGCUGAUCAAUAAAUAACUGUUUAUCUUAUGCGUUGCUUUAACUGAA